AAUUGAGAUGACACAACAACCACUGCCUAUCUCAUCUAUUGAAAUAGAGCUAGCCACCUGCGUUUCCUGGUCUCUGUAUACUUCCCAAUACCUGGUAGAAGUUGAACAACUAACUCAUCCUGACAAGAAAGACCGAAGAUUCUGCUGCUUCGAAGGUUUUAAAAGACCCCAAACCCUCUGACAAUAUUACCCUUUAUGCACGCCUUUUCCAGUGGCUCGAAAAGACCUUCCUUUCCCCACCCAAUUUCCAAUAAGACUAGAACCCACUCCAGUUCCGACCAUUCUCAUCCAUCAAGCCAUCAUGAGUAAAGAAACGGCCGCUGACAUUCUCAUCAAGAAUACCACCACAUCGCUGACGCGAAAGACGGUGGAUGACCCUACUACAAUUCGCAUCAUGGUGUUGGUCUCUACGACUUCUGGCAGCAGGAGGCAACUGAGCAAUCAGGAACGAUCCAUUGCCAUGUUGGAGGCACUGGGCAUUCCCUUUGAAACGCUCAAUUGUGCCAUGCCCGAGUAUAGAGAAGAACGUGACAUCUACUUUGAACUUUCUGGAGUCCAAGGAGAUUAUCCGCAAUUCUUUUUAAUCAAACCGUCCGCCGAGGACGACGACAAGAAAACCACUUAUCUGGGACAAUUCGAUGACAUGGAGGGAUGCAAUGAAAGAUCCAAUCUUCCCAAAGAGUCCCUCAAGGAGAGUGAUGUCACGUGGGAUUCCAUCAUGGGUACGACCGACACAUACAACAAUAAAGGAUUCAACCCAGGCGAGGGUGCAGUCGAUGACGACGAUGAUAGCGUAGGAAGUGGGGGUGGAGGUAUUUAUGCGGAUCUUUAAUGAGUGAAUUAUUUUAAAUGCAACAAAUUGGAAUGGACAGCCAUUCCCAUUAGUAAUGCCAAGGCAACACACACCACCGUGAAUUUGUGAUGCAGAUAAAGCUAGCAAACCACUUGCUUGAUAGAUUGUUGUGACUUAAAAACUAGAUACUACUUUUUG